CUAGUCGUUGCCAAAUUUAUCAUCAUUGGUAUAAUAGAGUCAUGUAUCCUUACUUUGUGAUUAUAAUCAUAACGAAAUUGUUAGGACUAUAAUUAUGUUGCGUCGGUAAGUAAGCAGCUGACGCAACUUUUUUAUGUUCCUUGGUGCCAGUUUGAUUAUUAAAUUUUGUUAUUUUUUAUUACUUCCUAGACUGAAGAAUCGCAUCGAACCCUGUCGCAGCUUGCUUGGUGAAUAUAAGUGAAUUAAUUAUUUGCUUUUCUCCUCGCAGCAACUAUGUCAUCUUUCGUACAAAACAUCCUCCUCAAAUCGGCCAUUAUUUUGUCCGGGUACACUCUCCUUUUACCAGUCUUGCUUUUGGUCUUUGCUGUCAACAACGUUUUGCGCUGUGUCCUGAAAAUCUAUUUGUUUUGUACUUGCUCAAAACUUGAACUGAUUUCCAACGGGAUAGAAAAUUUAUUCCCCGGACAGCCAGAUGGGAGCACGGAUGGAAUAAUUCUGGGAAUUGUGGUGUCGCCAAGUUCUUCAACCCUGGAUCUGGAAGCAGAGCAAAACUUUUUUAUGCAGAAUGUGAUCAAUAAGAAACUCGCCAAGGACGGGGUCAAGGUGUAUGGACGGUUAGAAAUGGUACUAGAGAAAAAGUGGGGGUACGGUUGUCGCAAAAAGAGUGACACCUUUGAUGUCCAGGAACACGUCAAAGUGUGGAUUGAAACUGUCCCAGCAAACGGAGAGUUCUAUAUGGAGCAAGAAUUUGUUGCCGGAAUCAUUCCGAAAUUGGCAAAGGAUUUUGACAAAACCAUAAAACCUGGGUGGGAAUGGGUGAUAAUUCCACAGGUGCAAAUACUAAAUUUGGGGGAUUCCCCAGUGAUUGUACGAGUCCUUCGGUGCCAUCAUUCCUACAUGGAUGGACUUUCAGCCGGCUUGCUAGUGACGGAGUGUCUGAUGGAUUUUCAUGACAUUGGUCCAUUUUUCACCGACCCUAAAGCCUAGUUAUCGGGGGAUGUGGGAAGACGCAUUUUAUUCGGAAACGUUCUAGGAUUUCUGCUACUUCCGUUCCACAUAAUGGAAAGAGUAUUCAGUGGAAAAUCUGCCAGCGGGGUAGACUGUGAUCCUAUGAUUGGACGAGGAUCUGGCCUGCGUCAUUUUGGAGUCUCAAAAAGUCUGGAUUUUGAAACUGUACGAUAUUUGUGGUCGAGUUUAGAGAGGAGUGAAAAUCAGAAUAAUACAAUCACAAAUGUCUUGGCUAGCAUUGUUGUUUCUGCACUGGGUCAGGUCCUAUCCAGACGUGGAGAUAUAUCGGAUAAUUCCACCCUGACAUUCUCAACUCCCACCGCCAUUCUGCCACACCCCGACAGCCAGCCCAGAAAUGCCGUGGUUCCAAACAACUUUUGCCUUCCGUUUGGCGAGCUAGCUAAGCACCAUGACAUUCAACUGAUUGAUGUUAGCCCAUCGUUGCCAGGCACUCCCACUCAUUACCUGCUCAGCUGUGUGGGCCGACUUCCGGGGCGAAUUGCGGGAAAUAUUGUGAAAUUCGUGUGCCAGUGGUUUCCAGCUUCAACGGUAUUCACAUCCGUUCCUGCAACGAGGGUGAAGGGUUCUUUAGCUUGUUGUGGGAGUUUUGUAAGUGAUGUUGGAGGAUGGUCAGUUCUACCGAGGCAAAUUGGUGUUUCCAUUGUGGCGAUAAGUUACGGGGGAGGGAUUCGUUUCUGGUGCGUGGUGGAUGAAGCUAUCAUGAAUCACAAGGACUUUGACGACUUCUUGGACUUGCUUAUUGUGGAAAGACAAUACUGAUAUUUUGAUCAUUUUGACAACUUUUGUGGUUGAGGUUGGAAUAUCAUAACAAAAACUCGUUUGAAAAUAUCAACUCACCGUUGUGUAGCAAAUAUCUAUGGACAUUUUAGAAAACAUUGGUGAUAAUUAUGUAGGAUAGAAUAUAAUUCUCUAGAUACAUAUUCUGUUUUUUGUAGUUCAAUUAAUUCCUUCAAUUGUAUCCCGCUGCGUUAGCAAAUUUUAUAGCAAUUUUUCGAUAUAUGAUAAGUGGGAUUACAAAUGUUGAGGCAAAACUGGAAAUAGAGAUGCAAAGAUAAUUGUUAAAACAACGAGUAAUAAUUUCUUCACGAAUAUUAUAAACUUAUCUAUCCUAUCAAUCGGUUUCAUAUGCACAUGACGACCACUUACUACGGCUUGAGUGGUACACAUACGUAUGAAGUGCUCAAAAAAGUUGUCUUUCUCACAACAAAGGAAAAUCUAUGUAGGGAUAAUUCCGCUAUCAUUUCUAGAAAUAGCAAAAAGGCAAAAAAAAAAUAUUAACACAUUAUUUAUUCUUAAUGAUAGAUUUCACAAUGUACUUUUAUCACUUAUUUUCGUCUUCGUCGCGUUUUGAGAUCGGUGGCAUGGUGUGUAAACCAUUUUAUAGAGAAAUGAUCUUUGUUGGCACUAAAACACAGAUACUUAAAGGAUUAACAAGCAAACAAACAUUUACAUUUAUCCAUGUCAACAAUUUAUUUUACGUAGAAGAAUAAGUUGUAAAAUAAUUUUAUAUU